AUGAUAAUCCAGUUUAUGAAUAAGAACAACAACAACAACAACAACAACAACAACAACAACAACAACAACAACAACAACAACAACAACAACAACAACAACAACAACAACAACAACAGCAGAGACCACAAAGACCACAGAGACCACAGAGACCACAGAGACCACAGAGACCACCGAACUCGGUUUAUAACCCAGGCUGCCUUGAAAUGUGUUGCGAUUAUUCUCACGCUUUCCUUAUUGUUACAGAAUUACCAUCUUUUUGUUGCGACAGGAGGCAAAAUUCUACUCGGCGACAUAUUCAAAGAGCCUCUACAGUACCUGAAAGAUGUCUUAUUUGAUCCAAACACGUCCAAAUAUUCUCGAUCAGUACUGGUGAUUCGAGAGGUGGAACUUAUUCAAUGACCAUCAACGGAC